AUGCUCUUCGCAGCCCUGCUAUCGCUUUCUCUUUUCCCUUGCCUCUAUGCCCAGUUCUUCAGCCCCGUUCAGAACAGAGAAACAUGGAGGAUUGGAGAAACAAAGAAUAUCUCUUACAACACAAAGUUCAAAAACUACACAAUAGCACUUUGGCAACAAUCCCUGAUUGGCGACUCCGCAGACGUUGGGGACAUUAUAUUCUCAAUCCAGGAUGGCUCAGGUCCCGUUAAAGAACUUACAUGGACAGUCGCGACGAACAAGUUAGAUUUGGGCUCGUCGAAUGUCUUCUUUCUCUGGCUAUUCGAAGGAGAUCCGUCUCAUCAGGGAAACUUCGAUUUUCAACAAAUGUCCUCGGCGUAUUUCAACAUCACCGACGAGCCUGAAAUUCCCACAUCGACCCUAUCGUCGUUAGUAGCCACGACUGUGAUAAUAACGCCAUCCGAGCUUCCAACAAGCACCCAAGCCCUUCCAUCUGUACCUACAACAGAAACCUCGACCCAACAAACGACUGUCAGUGAUGGACAGACCGCGUCUGCUGGCACACCUACUGUCAGUGCCAGCCAGAGCAGCAUAGCUGAGCCUUCUGGUGGUGGCGGCGGUGGUAGUGGUCUGCCCGUCGGAGCGCAGGCUGGGAUCGGAGUUGGUGUCGGAGUCAUCGGGAUCACUUGCGUGGUCUGCGCCAUCACAUGGUGCAGGUACCUUAAGCGACAUCAGAAGGCUCUUGACAACUUGCAGGAGAUGGCACUAUCACAGCCUCCUGCGUACAACCGCGACUCAGCAAGGUUACAACCGGCGGUGGUUGAGGCGCCCCAGUCACUGGCGAGAUCAAACGGCUUUUACAUCAGUUCGAAACCUGUUGAGAUUGGUUGA